UGGGUGAUUAGACAAAGCUGUGUGGGCGGAGUGUUCGGUACCACUGUAGCUGGGGUCUCCGGCCAAAUCACUAGCGUGGGAGCUAGCCUACUACUGUAUUUUAUGGUCAAGGAACCGACGCUUUACCAUAAUGGGUGUGGAAGUUGAAACAAUAUCUCCAGGAGAUGGAAGAACCUUUCCAAAGAAGGGGCAGACAUGUGUCGUCCAUUACAUAGGUAUGCUGCAGAAUGGGAAGAAGUUUGACUCUUCCCGAGACAGAAACAAGCCCUUCAAGUUCAAGAUCGGCCGGCAGGAGGUUAUCAAAGGCUGGGAGGAAGGAGUCGCGCAGAUGAGCUUGGGUCAGAGAGCGAAGAUCACCUGUACCCCAGACAUGGCAUACGGCGCCACAGGUCACCCAGGUGUCAUCCCGCCCAACGCCACCCUCAUCUUUGACGUGGAGCUCCUCAAGCUCGAGUGAGGUUCAUUCGUCUUUUCGUCGUCCCCCCCCCCCCCCCUUCUAUUUGUUUGUUUCUGCCGUUGCAAGGUCAAGGUUGUGGUGGGGGGUGGGGGGAUGUU